AUUAGAUAUUUGACAGCUCUUAUAACUAAUCAUUAGUCUGUGUUUUAGGUGCAAUGGGUUUUCCAGAAAAAAGUUAGGUAGGGUAACUACACUCCAAGACUGCAACUGUAAACAAACAUUGGGUUACAGAUUCAUUGUUACAUUGAAUUAAUUGUUACCAUAGUAACAAAAUGAAAAGAAAAAUAGAUCCGAUCGAUACUAACGACCUUAGUGAUAGUACCCUGUGUAAAUUGUUCACACUGGCUAGUACAUUAAAAGGAAAUAAUAUUGACCCUCGUCUCUUCCAAAAUAUAAUAGGACCUUCUACUGAUUGUGCUAAUGAACAAGCAACGAUGUAUAAAAACAGUAUUUGGUACAAAUCGCUACUUAACGCUGAGAAAACAUGUUUGAAGGAAGAUCAAAUAAAAAAGAUUCAUUAUAAAUUUGACGAUGGUAAUGAAAUGGUCGAAGAGUAUAAUGUAGACACAAGGGUAUUGUUGAGGCGAGCAUGGAAUAUGAAAGGGAAGCUUGGAGGUGAAGGUAAAUGGUCAGUGGAGAUAGGAGAUCCAAUUCCUGAUGCUACUACAAAUGCUGAUACUUUGGACCUCAUGGAGAGCAAAGAUCAGCCUAUUUUACUAAAAAGGAACACAAGAAUAAAUAUUGAGUGGAGGAUACGAAAUCUCCCGUAUCCAAUAGAAACGUAUUCUAUUAAAGCUUACGAUGAAGAGAAGCUUAUUAUUAUUAGAACUUCUAAUAAGAAGUACUUCAAAAAGUUAGCAGUACCUGAAUUAACAAGGCUUUGUUUGCCUAUAGAGCAGGCAAACCUACAGGCCACACACAAAUUCAGUACUCUUAUUAUAACAUAUAGAAAACCACAAGCAAUUCUUGACAUGGAAAAGGAAUGGUAUGAAGAGGUCAAUAAAAUAAAACCAAUGAAGGAUAUGCCAAAUGACUGUAAAACUCAGUAGUUAUUUAAACAUUUAUGUUAAAUGUUUCUGUUUAAUUUAAUUCAACUGGUAACAAAUAAAGUCUUAUGUAAUGCA